AUGUCAACUAAUGGGAGUGCAGAGACUAGCAUGUCAGAAGUCAAUGUCAUCAACAUCACCUGCAGUCAGAUUGAGCUGUCCAUUACCUCCUCUGCCAUCUCCAUGACUGUGGGUAUCUUCUCCAAUACCCUGGCACUGGUCAUCCUGGUCAAAGCCUACCACCGUUUCCACCUAAAGUCCAAGACAUCUUUCCUGUUAUUUGCUAGUGGCCUGGUGGUCACAGAUAUCCUAGGCCAUCUAAUUAAUGGCUCCCUGGUUCUCUAUGUUUACAGCUCCCACAAGAGGUGGGAAACAUUUGACCAACACCACAUCCUAUGCAGCCUUUUUGGGGCAAGUAUGGUGUUCUUUGGCUUAAGUCCCCUCCUCUUUGGCAGUGUCAUGGCGGUGGAUCGCUGUCUCGGAGUUACCAGGCCUCUGUGUCACUCCACAGCCCUGGUGGCCCAUGACAUGAAGAGGCUACUUGGGUUCACUUGGCUCCUGGCUGCCUUUGUUGCCCUACUGCCGAUUCUGCUGUGGAGACCCUACCAGGUACAGCGCUCCCAGAGCUGGUGCUUCUUCUACCUGGAGGGUCCUCGUGAUUGGCUCGAUGUGUUGCCGCCACUGCUGUUCUCCCUGCUGGGCCUGUUCUCAUUGGUGGUGUCCAUCGUGUGCAACACACUGACAAGCUGCACCCUGUUGCAGUCCAGGCUGUGGCAGGAGCAUCACUGCAAAGUCCCUUCUCACCACUUUGAGAUGGUCUACCAGCUCCUAGCCAUCAUGCUGGUGUCCUGUGUCUGCUGGGGCCCUUUAUUGGUUAAUGUGAUCUUCUUGAGCACAGCAGCCAGGAAUGACCAAGCUUACUCUCGCCUGUUGUUGGUGGUUCGCAUGGCCACCUGGAACCAGAUCCUGGACCCCUGGGUCUACAUCCUGCUGCGGAAAGCCGUUCUAAAAAAGCUCUUCCGGCUGCUCGACAACUGCUGUGGCUCAAGAUCCUCUCCUGCCCUCCACCAAUUUAAGUGUAAAGGUUCUGAAGAACCCAGCACCUCCUUCGUCAGUAGGCCUCACUCCUAUUGUCUGGACAGUUUAGCACUGCCAGACACUAGGAUCAAACAUGGGACCUCAUCUUAAGCCAGGGAGGCAUCUAAACUGAGAGACUUUUCCCUGAAUCUUGAAUGUGGUGACGUGGAAGGUAUUUGAAGGGUGUAGUAUCCUAUGGAAAAGACAUCAGAAGAACAUUAUUUUAAUUGUGGGAUAUGAAACAGCUUCAUCACUGUGAGUCAAAAAGAUACUGGACUUUCAUCAGGAUGUCCAUGGUUUUGCAAGGUCAAAUAAGUUGGUUAUGGACCAUACUUUCAGACUGACAUGUUUGCUUAUUUUUACUUUUUUUCAUAAAGUAAAAACACCCCUGACUGUUCAGUGUUGUCUUGACUUGGAUUCUUAGCAGUUUUGACUUAUUAACUGUAGUGUAGUCAGAACUAACAAUAUUUUCUCUGGAUUACCUCACAAGUUCAAACUACUGUAUGGCAAAAAAAGAUUUUC